CAAUUUAUUACCGGCUAAAAACAGUAGAAACGCAAUGUGCGAGUAUUACGUGUGCUCACGCGCAGUGACCGAAAUCGCCCGAACGCCGCUCGGCUGUUUCCGCGAGAGCUGUCAGUGAGAGGUCAAGAUGGCGGAGAAGGUCAGCUGAUCGGAGACUCGCUCGCGCAGGCCUGGGAGCAAGCGGCGGAGCAAACGCAUUAUGCAGGUGUUCGGGGAGUGGGCACAAGUGGAGGCGGUGGAGCUGGUGAACGAUGGCUCUGGCCUCGCCUUCGGCAUCGUGGGCGGCCGCUCCUCGGGCGUCGUGGUCAAGAGCGUGCUGCCGGGCGGCGUGGCUGACCGGGACGGUCGUCUCCGCAGCGGUGACAUGCUCCUGCGCAUCGGCGCGGUAUGCGUGGUGGGCAUGUGCGCGCGGCAAGCGGCGGCAGUGUUGCGGCAGUGCGGCGCGUGCGUGCGGCUGCUGGUAGCACGGCCGGCGAGUAGCAUGGCGCAGUCUCUCGGCGCUUCACAAGCGCCGGUGGUUCCAUCUAGACUGCUGACUGACCCAGUCGAGCUGGAACGGAGGUUGGCCGAGGCAGGACAUGACGGCUUUGGUGCUCUUUGCGAAGAUGCGGCUCCGGUGUCGCCUCCACCCACUAUUAUAGAGGAGAGGCUGCACCACAGGCCUGUAGCAUCCAUGGUAGCUGUGGUGCCGCGCGGGGCGCUCGCGCCUUCUCCCCGCCCGCCGCCGCUUAUCCUGCCCCCGCCGGACCCGCAACCUCCACCUAUGAGGCUGCCGCUCGACAUGGCGAUUCGUGGUACAGGGGAGCCAGAGACCCUGAGCUAUCAAGUGGACCUCAACAAGGACUCCGCGCUAGGCCUGGGCAUCACCGUCGCUGGCUACGUGUGCGAGCAAGAGGAGCUGAGCGGUAUUUUCGUGAAAAGCAUCAGCGAGGGCAGCGCCGCAGACUUAUGCGGCAGGAUACAGGUCAACGACCGUAUUGUUGAGGUUGAUGGUGUGUCUCUCCACGGAGUGUCCAACCAUAGGGCAGUGGCGUUGCUGCGAGAUGCCAAAGGGUCGGUGGUGCGAUUGAAAGCUUUAAGGUAUCUCCGCGGUGCGGGGUUUGAAAAGCUGCAGAAAGCCCUAGCGGCCCAGGACGGAAGGAGGUCACCUCUCGCUCCUCCCAGCCCGUCUGUCACCUCCCUUGCCAAGUAUAGUUUUAGUGUGUACGACGAAUCAACAGUGAUAGAAACCGAGCUAGACUCGGAAGCCCCAGGCCACCCGCCUUCACCCCAAUCGCCGUCGGAUGAUGCCGAGAUCGUAAUCGGACGAGACGAUGAGACCGCCGAGCGGGAGGCGCGUCGGAUACAGGACAAGUGGCGGGACAUACUGCAGAACGAGCAGGACUGGCCGGGGCGGCAGCACGAGUAUGAUAUUAUUGUUGGAACAAUAAUCAAAGAGAAGGAUAGCGGGUUGGGCAUCUCACUCGAGGGCACCGUCAGAGUGGUGGGGGGCAAGGAGGUGCAAGCGAGACACUACAUCAGGGCUAUUGCCCCGAAUGGUCCUGUGGCGAGAUUGGGGUUGUAUAAAGUUGGAGACGAGUUGUUGGAGGUGAACGAGUGGCGGGUACUAGGCGCGCAUCACGUUGAGGUGGUGACGCGAUUACGGGCGGUGACAUCGCCGGUUGUGCUGGUGUGUGUGAGGAAGCGGGAUGUCGAGAAUAAAGGGAAGACUGAGGGCAGUUUUGCCAGAAGCAAGACUAUCGGCGGCAGUCUUCAAGAUCUGCUGACGCCUCCGCAGCGACUCAUCAAAGCAAAGUCGGAGAGUUCGGUAGCCUCCUUAUGUAGCACCAACACCGUCAUGUCUACGGGGCACGAUCAUGACGAGUUCUGUACGGAGGAACUCGACCGCAACCGUUCACGUUCACUUGAGCCGCUGAGUGGACUAGCGAUGUGGAGCGAUCGCGUGGAGUACAUCCAACUGCAGAAGGAAGAACGAGGGCUUGGAUUUUCCAUACUUGACUAUUUGGACCCGUCGGAGCCCGGCAGCUCGGUGAUCGUAGUGCGGUCGGUGGUGGCGGGCGGCGCGGCGGCGGCGGACGGGCGGCUGGCGCCGGGCGACCGCCUCGUGUCCGUCAACGCGCAGGACGUCGCGCGCGCCCCGCUCGCGCACGCCGUGCAGGCCAUCAAGGGCGCGCCCAAGGGUAUCGUGACCAUCGGCGUGGCGAAACCUCUGCCCUGCCACACAGUGGUUGGGGGUCAGAAAGCGAACGGACACAGUAUGCAAGGCAGCCAGGAAUGCAUAAACUCGCUGGCGUCAGACGACCACACCGGGAUGGAUUCCUUCCAUGAAUGCCUCCAGGAAUACGGAGAAGGCCUAGAGGUCGUCCAAAUAUGCCUCGAGCCCGAGGACACAUCUAUCAAGGAUGAGGAACUAUCUGCCUUGUGUGAUAUCAGCUUUGAUGAUUGUAUCAAACGAGAUGAUACUUUGAACGAAAACAUUAAAAAUGUACCAGACAAAGUUAACGGCGUAACUGACUUGAAAGCAUCAAAAUCUGACGACUCGUUGGAUGAACCUGAUGACGACAUGACAAUAAGAGAAGAUGAUGUUUUAAUUACGCCACGAGAACUCCCCGACAUCAGAACGAAAUUUGUUGAUGACAAACAAUCGGAACGAACUUUGUCUAAACAACAAAGUAAAGAUAUAUCGACAUCAGAUGAAAUGGUUUUUGCAGUGACACCGACAGGCUUAGAAAGAAUUAGUUUCGAAAAGUAUUGGAAAGAAUGUGACACAAAGACUACGUUAGAAAAAGUGAAAAGUGAUGAAAGUUGGAAAGAGUGCUUAAAUUCUCCAACAGAAGAAACUUCAAGUUUUUACGACGCUACCACAAGAAUUUCCGUCCAAGAAGAUGGGCAGUCCCUUCUGUUUAUAGACCAUGAAAUUGAUGGCUACGAAACGUGCAUUGAUGACGAUUCUUCGUCCGUAAAAUGUACAGAAAAGAAUACCCAUAAAAUCAACGGCGAUCGAGAGAUCAAAGUGGAAGAUAAACACGAUAAAACAGAUGCGAGAAACAAAGACAAAGACGUCGAUGCCAAAAAUAUAGAGCAGAACGCUCCCAGUAUCUUAGACGAAGUGUCGUACAAUCCGUGCAUUCAGGAGCAUAUAAUAAAACAAAUGAAAUCCUUAAGAAUCGAACCCAUAAAUAUGAAUAUAAGUCAUAAGAAGAAAAAGAAAAGUCCGACGAAACAUAAACCGUCCAAAACUGUGCAGUGCGUCGAAUACUACAACGAUCAAGCCGAAUGUUUAGAAGAAAUAAGACAAAAGAGGAUAAAAGAAGAGGAAACCAUACAUAAAGCUGAGCAGAAGAAGAUUCUGGAUUCGAAUAGGGCUGUGAUUGAAAAAAAGCUUCAUUUGAAAAUGCAAGAACCGAGUGAAGAAUCGACAGACUUGGAAACAAGUUACGUUCCAGGGUGCCAUAAGUGUUUUUUAGAGAACUAUGCCUACGCUAUCACGAAAGCGUAUAUAGCGGAGGCCCAUGCUUGCAAGUUUUGUGAAGUGAUUCGUGAGAUACUGGAGGUUCCGAAGGAUGGCCCGGAUCGGAGAAUGUCUGCGCCCGCCUUCGUGAGCCUGGAUAGUCCAGGGUCGACGACGGAGGAGGAGGAUCUGUUGAUGGUGCCAAUCGUGAAGGACCGGAGAAAGUCUGCUGGUCCUUUAAAAUUUAUUGUGCCUUCGAGGAGAACCAGUUACGCUCCUCAUUCAGCUAUGACGGUAACGUCUUUGCCGCGGCGAGAUGGACUGGCUGGCCAGCAAUGGGGACCCCCGCGAAAAGUCGCUCUGACUAGAUGCCCCGGUGCUCCUCUAGGAGUCAGCAUCGUUGGAGGGAAGGUGGAUAUUAUUGACACUGAAGAUAACGCGGGGGCCGAUGAUAAAGCCAUAUUCGGAAUAUUCAUCAAAAAUGUAGUUCCGGAGAGUCCAGCUGGCAAAUGCGGAGAGCUGCAUACCGGUGACCGUAUUCUUGAGGUGGAUGGCGUGUGCGUCAGAAAUGCGCAGCACGAGCGAGCGGUGCAGCUCAUCAAAGCUGCUGGUGACACUGUCACACUCACUGUUCAGAGUCUACCGACUUGGAAUACUGACUCGUCAGACGUGGAAGCCGAAGCGUCCCCGCACCCCCCACGGCGGACGCCGUUGCCCAUCGAUGGGACGCCAGAACACGAAAUCAAGAUAACAGUGACAUCAGAACCGGACAUAGAGAAAGAGUCAGAAGACACGGAGAGGGAGACUUCGGAAACCGAACCGACGCCACCGAAGAAGCCUGUUUACUCGGACUCGGAGAGCAGUGAUGAUGAGGAGGAUGAGAGAGAGCUACAGGGACGCACUUACUCGGAUAAAGGGGUUGAGAUCGAUCGAGCAUCAGCUGCCGCGGUCAAACGCAGCAAAGAAGAGAAGGAGGCAGAUAAAGAAGAAGAAGACGACUUCGGCUACACAACAAAUAAGAUCCGCAAGAAGUACGCGUCCCUCGGCGACAGCGUGGUUGUGACGAAGCUCGAGCGCACAGCGCGGGCCGGGCUGGGGCUGUCGCUGGCAGGGCAUCGAGACCGGAGUAGGAUGGCUGUGUUCGUGUGCGGCCUCAACCCUGCUGGUUCCGCUGCUAAGGCCAGCCCGCCGGUCAAGAUCGGCGACGAGAUCUUAGAGGUGAACGGGAUUGUGCUGCACGGUCGAUGUCAUCUCAACGCGUCCGCGAUCAUCAAGGGACUCGUUGGACCAGUCUUCAAGAUCAUUCUUCUAAGGCGGAAGUCGGCACUAGAAGACGUCGCUGUGAAGCCGCUGACGCAGUUUCCGAUCGCCCUUGAAGAAGAUUCGGAAGACAAGUAUGCUGCUUACAAAGGCGUCCGCGACAUCACCAUCAAAAAGGGUCCCUCGGGCCUGGGCAUUAUGAUCAUCGAGGGUCGGCAUACGGAAGCCGGCCGAGGAAUCUUCGUCUCCGAUCUACAAGAAGGAAGCGCUGCCGAACAGGGCGGUCUUCAAAUAGGAGACAUGAUAUUGGCUGUGAACAGAGAUUCCUUAUUAACUUGCAGUUACGAUGCAGCGGCAGCAAAGUUGAAGCACACUGAGGGAGUCGUGGUACUCACUGUGUGCAGUCCCAACCAGAAGGAUGACAAGACUGAUGACGCCAGUGGCUCAGCUGCCAACGCGACGUCACGACCAGCUAGCAGGAACCAAACCCCGGACGCUGGCAAGGCAGGCGCGUCCCGUCCUACCACACCGAGGCCAGCACCUUCUCCGGUCAAAGCGGAACCUCCCCCCGACCCCGCAACGUGUCACCCCAUUCCGAAUCACGACACGGUCAUCGAAAUUAACUCAGCCAACGAGAUUCUUGGCGUCGUCCUACUUGGUGGCAGUGAUACUUUAAUUAAUGGCGCAGCAGCAGUGAUCCUAGACAUUUAUAAGAAGGGCGCGAUAGCGAAGGAUGGGCGGUUGAAGGUCGGAGACCAGAUUGUGGAGUGCAACGGCAUCCACAUCACCAAAGAGAUGACCUACGAACGAAUCGCCAUGAGCAUCAAGCAGCGAGCGCCUAAGAUGAAGCUGACAGUAUUCCGUCCAGACCCCAUCCCCUACACAGAAGUCGAGGUGGAACUGACGCGCAAAGCAGGCAAGACUCUCGGCCUGACUUGCAUCGCACCGGUGGAGGGCACGGGCGUUUAUCUCGGGGAUUUGCUACCCGGCUCCCCCGCGGACCUAGACGGCCGUCUCCAGAAAGGUGACUUCCUCGUCUCCGUGGAAGGCAAGGAUGUGUCCAAAGGCGACUACGUGGCGGCGGCCACUGCGCUGAAGCUCUGCUCCAACAAGACCCAGAUCAAAGUCAAGAGGUUCAAGAUUGUUAGAUAAUAAGUUGACAGUGGCGCGGUUACCGCCAUCUAGUUUGUACUUUUAGGUAUUUAAACGAUGUGAACUGUAUUUUAAUUGAUGCUCGUAACCAAUCAAUCGUUUUUAGAAAGUAUGCCUUCAACUGGUAACUGUGAACUUGAUUUUCUAAUUAGGAACGAUUUGGUUGCUUACGGGCGGGGCUAGGCCGGCGGACAACGCGGACGGCGGAUCUUACUGCAUCGCGAACGAACUGUAAUGAAAGUUAGCGACUGGAUUAUUGGGCUGAUAUCAUAUGAUUUUCCGAAUCUAUAGUAUAGUAGUAGUUUGACUGUUUAUUCUUCUAAAUAUCUGAAAGUACCGACUACGGUUAUGUAAAUGAUAUAGAAAAGGAUGUGUAAUGUGUAUAGGUGGGGCAAUAUCGUAAUAGUACUCUUGCGUUUAGACUUUAGGGUUGCCAAAACCAGCAAAGAACACUGGUUGACAUUAUUUUAAUUGUCCUAAAGUCAAUUUAUAAUUUUAUAGCCAAAACAAAAUGCUCAGUAGAAAACGUUUUUAUGGGAGAGCGAACCCUCUUUGAAAUUUGCCGCAUGUUUCUACUGAGAAAAUUGUUUUGUUAGACUAUCUUUUACUUAUUUAUUUUUUAUAAGUUAUCUACGUAUUAGUAAAGUUCACAGUUACCAAAUGUCGCUAUGACAAUAUAUUAGGACACAUUAUUAAAUUUUUGGCAAUCCUUUAGCUCGUUACAUUUUAAUAUUAGAAAAAGCAAAGAUGAAAUACUGAGUGGUUGUCUUGAGUGUAACUUCAAAAGUGGAUUGACAAUACGCUGUUGUAAUUAUAUUGUAAAGGCAUUUAUGUGGAUAGUUUGAAACUUAUUGAAGGAAGGUAAAUCAUUCUUUUUUAUCCAUUAAAUUUUAUUUUUUUCAAAACAAUAAAAAAAACAUUCAUUGUUAUUAUAUUUUUCUAUUUUUACCGAUUGAUACGUUGAAUGCCUAUGACAAAAUUUAAAGAUUAUAAAAAUGUCAGGUCAGCUCUUAUCAAGUUUGACCGAUCCAUGUUAGAUUUCAUUGAGUUUAACUAAAAGAUGAUUUCUUUCAAUAGGUUUUGACUAUAAAACACUCAUAAUACCUACCGAUUCUUCAAGACAUAACUGCUGAUUUAGAUUGAACGUUUUAUUUAAAAAAAAAUUGACAAAUCAGGCCUUCAUAGCUGUUAUGUGAAAUUGUAACAACCCAUGAAGUUUUAAAAGUAAACCAAUAUUUAUGUCACAGUUAACUGCUAUAGAAUUAUUGCUCGUUUUGUGAUACAUGCAUGAUGCACUUGUUCUGGUUUUCAACUACUUCUAAAAAACUUGCUUUAAGCAAACCCAAUUGCAGAAAAUAAAUAUUUUUGAACUGUUCGCAGAAUUUAUAGGUAUUAUUUACUUCAUUACUACUUACCAAAGUUUAAAAACCUAUUGAGUAAAGUGGGACUUAAUAAUCAACUGAAAAAACUAAGUAAUUAAUUACAUUUAUGCAGUUUUUCUAAUUCUGCCUGUGUAUCAUUAAACAUGUUUUUGUAUGUAGAUAUAUUAGAGAAUCAGUAUUUUGAGUACAAAUUUGAAAUCUGAGUUAAUCUAAGUUUAAUUCUAAGACAGGCCGAAAUGACCCUUGGUUGUAGCUGCGUCAUUUCAGUAUUAAUAUUUAGAUUUUGUUAUCGACCUUUUAGAUUUAUGGUUCUUUUAAUCAUGGAUGGAACACAAUAGAAUGUAUAUUUGUUCAAACAUAAUUUAGUUUCAUUGUGGCUUAGACAAACUAACAAAAUCUAUACAUUGUAAAGAUCUGAAAUAAAUGAUUAUUUAAUUUAAUUUAAUAACUGAACAUUUAUUUUAUCUUAAAUUUAGGAUAGUAAAAUUAAAAUGGUAGCAUUAAAAUUACUCAUCUACGAUUACAAGAAUCAAUAAUUUCAUUGAAAAAUAUGUUAGCUUGUAAAAUAUUCAAAGUACGAAACCUCUAGUCCACACCUAUGUAGAAAAGGAGACGCCUUUUCAUACUAAGCUAUAAGGCAAUUCAUUGCUAGAGUGCUAGAAAAUAUAAAUUAUAGCUAUUUAUAAAUAACAAUAUAUUUAGUAUGUAAAGUCGCGAAGCAAAACUUUUUUUACUGUAUAAUUUUGAGUUUUGUAAAAAGUACAUAAAUGUAAAUCUUUUUAGCUGAAUCCUUACUAUUUUAAUUACUUCUAACUAGACGAACUAUACCUACUUAUAUGUAAGUGUCACCCUCCAACACUAUAUGUAGCUAUGUCGCAAUUACAUAAUUACAUAUGGGUAACAUAAAUACUGCAUUUUUCAAGUUACGUUAAUAAUUAAUCCUUUUUAAUCGACUACAUCUAACACCCUUUCAGCAGAAAGUAUUGCAAAGGUCUAAUUCUGGUGUGGUGAGAUGUUUUAUCUAAUACGAUGUAUUAUUCUGUAGAAACUGUGCCAACUGACUAUUAUGUAUAUUCGUCACCAUUUUUAGCCAUCGCGUGGUAAUCGCUAAGCCUUGCCAAGACCGUCAUCGAAGAAAUCAGGGUUUAUAAGGCUUGUAUUAAAACUCGACCCUGGUAUUUCCAGUUGUACUUAAGACUCCUCGAAUACCGUUUUAUUUAUCAUUUAUGUUUAUGCUAUAGGUUCGACUAGCCUCGACCACUACUAACCUCAUAUUAGGUAAAUAAAUAUUUAUUUUGGAAGGACGCAACUUCGUACCUACGUUACGCAGCGUCUUACGCCCGCCCGAAUUUCUCCGAGAUCGCCCACGUAGGACACUUAUAGAGGUAUCAAAGGAUUGAUUCACCCCGCGCCGCAUCGCUUCGCUUCGCGUUCGUGUGUUGUUCGCCUACGUAGUACGCUUGUCGUGCUGUUUGAUCAUUUCCACACCGUAUAUUUUUUUAAUUCUUUGUAACUCAAAUUAUGAACCCAUAUUGAUUUACAAAAUAUUUAACUCAAAUAUCCUUAAAUAUAGGCGAGCGUUACGCACCUAUAAGCAUUAAGAUCAUUGUUUAUAUUUUGGCAUUUUUAGUUUAUUUUUAUUAAGACUUUGAAACCGUAAUUCGAGGGCACACUCCGUUGAUAGUCACGGAAGGCUGGUUGUCACCCGUAUUAUUAAAAUAACCAGUUAAAAACUGUAAAUGUUGCGUAGCAUAAUUCUAAAUCAUUGUAAAGUGUAAAAAGUCUCUUAUAAGUGUAGAAUUAAAUUGUAUAUGAUAGUUCAUGCCCAUCGUAGAUUAAUUAUGGUCACUUUAACUUAGUUACUUUGUGUAGAAAUUGUAGUGUUGAAGUUUGUUAUAGGACUGAAAUAAAAACUAUUACCAUCAAUGUUUCUUUAACAAUGACAGUCAUAUAUCUAAGGGGAUGUAUAAAGCUGCAUAAGUUUUCACCUAUUUUCCCUAAAUUUUAAACCUAACAUAUUUAUUCUAAGACGGGUAUGAGAUAUCGUUGUAGUUCAUGCACAGUGAAAACAAAAUCAUUGAGCGUUUGCAUCGAUGUUCGGUCGCAGAAAAAAACGGUGGCCAAAUUUUAAUCCUUUACAGUUAUGAGUUUAUACCGCAUAGUGAAGUAUUAUUAUAUGUAAAAUAUACGUAACUAUUUGUAUGAUCCAAUUUAAAGUGUAUGAGAGGUAUCCUCAAUCCCAUAAAAAAACUGAAUAUUUCACACGCUCUUUUUGAUUUUUGUGACAUUAUUAAUAUAGAGUUGGAGCAAACUAACUGCAUGGCAUUUCCAAUAAAAAAGGGUCAUCCAUUAAUUACAUCACACGAUUAGGGGGAGGGAGGGGAUCAAGUAAAUGUCACAUUUUGUGACAUGGGGGAGGAGGGAGUCACAAACUUUGUGACGUCACUAACUUCAUCAGUACGUAAUCGAAAAGUUAUUUAAAUUAUUAUUUAUUAUAUAUAUUCGCUGUACAGUUAAAUAAAAGGUUAUUGGAGCAAUUAUCGUUUUUAUUUGUUUAAUUUUUUUUCCUAAUCAGCUAAUCACUUAAUCAGUUUUGGGUUAGAAAAUUACUAAUAUUUCAUUUUUCAAAAUAAAAUAUUACUUAUAUGUACCUACCUCAUUCGAUUUGACGAUUUCGUUGAAAAAAUGUAACGUCACACCUGGGUUUGACAAAUGUGACCAAGUCUGACAAGGAGGGUGAGGGGUCAAAAAACCUAGAAAUUCAUGUGACGUAAUUAAUGGAUGACCCCAAAAGUGUGCAAUGUUAUCAUUAAUGUCAAAUUUCUAUGGAUGUCGUUUGUAAUGAAUAUCCUUCGUUUUGUUCUAUUCAAAUCGGUGCAAAGUUAGCUUAGACCACUACCAUGUGAUAAGUAAAGCAAACCUUUUAUGUAGACAGACUACUUUUCUGCAUUCAAUGUGAAAUUUACAAUUUUAAUUAUUAUAUUAGCAAAUUCUAGUAGAAAAACUAUAUCUUGUGAUAUUGUUUGAAGUUAAUAGGAAUACGUAAAUGCCUGCGAUCCCUAAUGGCACUUCUUAAGUCCCAUUUGUGACAUUUUCAACCAAAAGGUACCACAUUGUCGCUUGUCAAUAAGGUUGAUAUUCAAUUAAAGCUAUAUGGAAAUAGCGCCUUAUUGACAACUGACAAUAAGUAUCCUUUUGAUUGAGAAUUUUUGUGUAAAUAUUUGAGUUAAGUAAAUUAAUCUUACGAAUUGCACCCGUUGUUUUUAAUAACAUAUUAUAGGCGCCUUUGUAUAGGUACCUAAUGGUUUGUAACCACAACGUCAAUCCACAGUACUGUUUUUUUUUUUCAAUGUUAUAUGUAGUAACCAUUCUGUGGUAGUAACGUAGAAUGGUACUAACUACUGCAGCGCCUUAUUACUUGUCUCAAAGUAGACAGAAAAACUUUUGCUAUUAUAUUCCAGCAGGCGUUCUCUUUAAUUAAAAAUGUGUAACAAAAGUCAACACCUGCUAAAAAUUGUAAUGAUUUUGCAAUAUUAGUACAAGGCGAUAAUUUAUGAAUUUAGCCGUUUGUGAUACAAGUUUAAAAUAUUUAAUUUUUAGUCAUAAUGUUCUAAGCAAUCCUAACCAAGCGAAUGGCGAAGGUUUAAGUGUAAUAGGAGUCUCGAGAUAUACCUGUAUCUGCCAUUCGGGAUUUAGAUUUAAGCCUUUGUAAGUAGAACCUUAAAAUUUCAUCGUAGAUGUUUCUUAUCCUUCAAUUAAAUUAUAUAACAAAGCCUUGUUCAUACUAGUUUAAGUUAAAUUAAUAUAGUAUAGAUUAUUAGAUCAAAAAGAACAAUACAUUUAUUAUUAGAUGUUUCACUUUUCCCAGCCAUUUUAGUGGCUGUAAUUUUAAAAUUUAUGAAUGUAUUUCUUACAAUUAUACCGUUGAACUUUUAAAUAUAUAUACCUAAACAAUGUACACUGGAAAUUGUAUGAAAUAGUGAUUAUGUAAUAAAUUGUGCGCUUUUUUCA